CUCCAUAUUUUCUUAUCUGAAACACUAUUCACAAUUUUUCUGAUAAUAAAAUACUUUCUCCAUUUUCAAUUUUUUGAGAAUAGUUCCACACUAACUUUUUCGCUAUCCCACAAAACACAUCGAUUAUGUUGGUUGGGAAUUGGGAAUUUGGGAUUAAUUUCAGGAGUGGAGUCAUUUUCUUCCCUUACCCGAUCUCUCUAUCUCAAGCUGUCAACAAUGGCUUCCAACGGCUUCGGCGGUGGAGAAUCUUUCUCUCCUUCAGCUCCGCCAUUACCCGCCACAGAUGAGCCCUGCUUGGCCCAACCAUACCAUCCCGCAUCUCCCCCCUCAGUCCUCCAUCCCCCGACGACAACUCACUCCGUUCCUAGUUACGCUCCGGCAACUUACUCCGUUCCCAGCUACGCCCCGGCAACUUACUCCGUUCCAAGCUAUGCUCCUCCGGCAACUCCGUCUCAGCAACAGAGUAGCAGCAAUUACGGGCCGAGUCCGUCCCAUGGCUACGACUCGUACAGUGCUUUUCCUCCUGGCACUCACCCGGAUGUCAUUCGGAGCUUUCAAAUGGUGGAUUUGGAUCAUAGCGGGUUAAUUGAAGACAAGGAGCUUCUACAGGCCCUCUCUACCGGUUACCAGAAAUUCAGUCUCAGGACAAUUCGAUUGCUCAUCUCUCUCUUUAAGAACCCUAGUGAAUCUUCUCUCAGGAUCGGUGCCUUAUCUGGAGCUAUACAAAGGAAUAUGGCUGUUUUAACCGUGUGGCAUUCGGAGAUGCUUUGUUUUAUUUUGAAAUGGCUAUUUGAAGAAACCUUUGAGAGGUUUGAUAGAGAUGGGAGUGGUAAAAUUGAUGAAACAGAACUAAGGGAUGCUCUCUACAGUCUUGGGUAUUUGGUGCCUCCUCUAGUCCUUCAACUCCUGGUUUCCAGAUAUGAUGACUGUGCAGGGCUGGACUUCAAUGAAUUUGUAGAAUGUGGGAUGAUUUUUAAGGGUCUGACAGAGAAGUUCAAAGAGAAGGAUACACAGUAUGCAGGCUCUGCAAAGCUGAGUUAUGAUGAGUUUCUGUCUAUGGUCAUCCCUUUUCUUGUGUCAUACUAAGAAGGAUUGAUGGACCACUCCCCAAGGUGCCCUAAUUUUUAAGAGUAUAGUGAUGAAUUAGGAAGGGACACAAUAUGUUUACGUUGAUACCAUUCAGUCAAGUGGGAGCACCAUAUGCCUUUGGGGCAAUAUUAAAAAAUAUUAUAAAUUUCAACUCUUUUG